GGGAAUUACAACAUGUCCCAAGAGGAAGGCUUCAUGCAGCAAUGGGGGUUUGGACUAUCUGAGCCAAAUUGUACGAUAUUGACAGAUCCCAAGGCCUCAUCUUCAAAUGGGAAUUUAUUGGGCUAUCAGCAAUUUGCAAGGUCUGAAGAAUUCCCUGGUUUGGUUCGAUAUAACCUCUUAGCCCUUCAAUCUCUUCCAGAGGCUGAGAGGCAGGAAGUGGCCGCCAAAGCGGGUAUUACAUCGUUGAUGCCAAACAUACCUUGUCUCUACAUGCCCGAAAAUCAAGUCUCACUAGACUCGCAGGUUGGAGAAAAUGACGAUCCCACGACGGAAGCCACUGGCUGGGGUGAGUUCAGUGAGUUCACCCACGAUCUCGGUAUCUCGCGUAUACCUUCGAACCCGGAGAUCAAUCCGCCAAAACCACAGCCCCCGGAAACAACCUCGUAUCCAACCCCCCAGUCUGUUCCCAGUCCAGACGCAGGAACCAAUCCCUUGGGCUCUGAUUUCUCAGCUCCGGCGGAUCUCGAUCCUUUCCAGUUGUUAGAUGUGCCAAGACCUGCAUAUUUAUACCGGACCCAGUCCGCGUUCGAUUAUACACCGCAACCGGCAACUAGCCUAGAGGGUUCUACGCUGCAUAAUACACCCCAAAAUAUAAAUGGCAUUGGCAUGGGACCACCGCUGGCAGAGCCAGCGGUCCUCAUAUCCCAAGUUGCUGAGCAAUCUUUAAGUCCACCUCUGGUUGAUGAUCCCGCCGAAGAAAAUCAAGUCGCUAGUCAUUCUCUUUCCCUUGAACGCUUGCAACAUGUACAGGCCCCUGAAGUCAUGCCCAUUGACCAUGCUCAAAACAUGAUACUUAUGUUUCCUGAUUUGAGUACAAACAAACUUCGACAAGCCAUGGAACUAGGCGACCGUCUUUUCCCUCAAAACGUGACCGACUUGGAAACUCAAGUCAAUCACUGGCAAGCUGAGCGACUAUGGAGUUUCGUGGACUCCGGUGUCUUACCAGGUUCGUGUGCGAGACAAAGGAUCGGCCAGAUCUGUAGAUAUAUCAAGAACAUGGGCAACCCAAACGCAGAGAAUUAUACGAGGAUUCGACUUGCAAAAGUUCAAGUCAACAUGCUCUAUGAGACCAUCUGCAAAGAGGAAAAGAAUAGGCGUCUCAACCUCGGACCGAGAAAGUUCACGACCCAUGUCCUUAACUGUAUCGAGGGAGCCAUUAGAAAUGACCGACGUCUUCCUGUUCCCAGAAAGUCACAUGUUCGCGAUGCUAUCUUUCGAUACAAGCAAGUUGGUAAAAAAUGGUCAGUGUCACAGAGUCUAAGCAUGACGUUGCUUGUUAGCCAAGACUGUGGAAGGAUAAUAGAAAACGGCCAGUUCACCGAGAUGCAGGUGAAGGCUUUGAUGUUCCAUGUUUCGGUAACUCGGCCUGAUAUUAUCAGUCUCUGCAGCAACUUAGAACAUGCUGUCAGCUAUUUCCUGACCCAUAAUCAGUUGCCAGCGCGUCCUACGCCCGGUGACGUUCGAAAAAUGAUCGGCAUUCACAAUUCAAUGACAGUGAUCGUAGAUUAA